GUGGCAGCAGCAGCAACAGCAUCGAUUCUCCAAAAAUCAGACUCUCUGAUACUCUGAUACUCCGAUACGCGUUUCUAUCCCUCACUCCCCACUCAGCGCGUGAGAGUUACGUCAAAUUUAUCGAGCGUGUAAUUUGUUAAGCGUUUUUCCCGCUGAGAUUUAUGACUACGUCGACAGCUUAAAUGCGGUGUUUAGUGUUUUGUGUGCUAAUUGCCGCUGGCCACGCCCAGCUGCCCAAUGCGCCGUUUCAGCAGACGACCUUUCAGCAGCGCCAGCUACAACAGCAACAGCAACAGCAGCAGCAGCAGCCACAGCCACCGCCGCCCUUUCAACGCCAACGUCAACAGCCACCUGGACAGGGCCUAUUUCCAGCACAGAGCAAUCCGCUGAAUCCUUUGAAUCCGCUCAAUCCUCUGACACCUAAUCCCUACACUCGCUACAAUCAGUAUCCACAGCAGAACUAUGUUCCGAUCACCGCCUAUCAGAACGAUCUGAAUCUGGACGGCAGCUUCUCCUAUGGCUAUGCAGCUGCCGAUGGCACCACGGCUCAGGCGCAGGGCUAUGUCAAGAACCUGGGCUAUGGCGAAGGUGUGGAAGCGCAGGUCAUUCAGGGCUCCUAUUCGUACACCUCACCGGAGGGCACGCCCAUUACAGUGCGCUAUAUUGCCGAUGAGAAUGGCUUUCGUGCAGAGGGCACUGGCAUUCCAGCCACGCCCUCUUACUUUGUGGGCGCACAGCCGUAUCAGCAGGGCGUGCUGAACCCGAAUCUGAAUCCGUAUCAAACGCCCUACAGGCAAUUGCCAACAGGGGCACAAGGAUUUCGACCGGGUCAACAAUUGACGCCGCAACAGCAGCAGCUGCAACAGCAGCAACUCCAGCAGCAACAGCAGCAGCAGCGAAACUUUCCAAAUUCCGGACAAUUUCAACCGGAGCAGCCAUUCAAUAAUCUGCAGUCCGGCAAUCUGCCAGCUCAGUACGCGAGUCAAUUUGGUCAGCAGCUGGGCGGCAAUUUAAUACCACAGCAGCAGCAGCAGCAAAAUCUCAAUCAACAGCAGCAGCAACAACAACAGCAGCAACAACAGCAAAAAGAUCAAAGAAAUGAGCAGCAGCAACAGGCGCUGAUUACGCAGCAGCUGAGAGGCAGACCCAACCAGCUGGUCGACCCCUUUGGCUAUAACCAGUUCAACAGACGCUUCAAGAAGUCAUCCAAGCAAUAAGCAAUCGAUCGCGUAAUACUUCAACAAUAUCCAUACAUAUAUAUAUAUAUAUACAUAUAAAUCUAUUUGCGAAUUAGUCGAUUUAGUCGCAUUCAAAUGCGU